AUGUUAGAAUAUAUUUCGAAAAAUAGACAAAUUGCUUUUUCCAUCAUCUUUGUCGAUUUUCAUGAAUCAAGUAGCAAUUCUGAAAUAAACUUAGUACUUUUAAGUGAUCUCAUCGGAGAAUGUUUAACUCUGGUCUCCACCACCAGAGGGCCACAACAGAAGAUGAAAAAGGAAAAUUCUUUUUAA